UUUUGGGACACUCUGUAUGUGUGUGUACGUGUUAUUAUCCUGAUGUUCGAUCUUGAGCUUGAGCGAGCGCGAUUCAGAAUGCGCAAUUUUAUUAUGCAUUCACCAUUACUGUCGUUUCUGCUAUCGCCAGAACAGUGCAGAAUGCAGGUGUUAACGCUGAUGAAGCCGAAUUAAUGUACAAGUCGAAUUACGACGAUAAAUCGAUUUUCUACGAGGGCAUAUUAUGGACACAUUGCAGGUGAUUUAACGGCAAUAGUCCGUGAAGAAUGCGCAAUGUCGGUCUCGGAUCCCCUUAUCAAAGAGUUGAAAGGAUGGACUCGAAAGCUGAUGGAAUAUGCCAAAGAGAUCAAUGAUGAAAAUGACAAUUUGUGUCACUUUUGUAAAUGCUUCGAAAACUGUUUGCAAAAGGGUUUACUGCCUUGUCUUGAUAGCAUUGGAUACUUAAAAAUAUCCAAUGCAUGGCAUUGGUUGGAAUAUGUUGCUGAAAAAAAUUAUAGCUCCUAUAGUACAUUCUCUUUGGUAGUAGAACAAGUAAAGCAAAAUUUGAAAGUGCACACAUCUAUUGGCCGACUUCGUUUCCUGAUACGAAUAUGUCUAGUACGAAAAUGCCUUCACAUGCCGAUAGAAAUAUUGACGAAAAUAUCAACUUUAGCUACAGAAUUUUACAAUUUAGAGAGCAUCCUAGGAGAUGACAUUUUACGAGAAAUCUUAUUGUCUGUGCUAUUGCAAUGCAGUAAAUUUAAUUUUAAACUGAAUUUAAGAAAUGCAGCUUUUUUAGACGACACCUGGCAGAUGCCACCAUGUGUAGUUUUAGAAUUGGUACCUUGCAAAAAUUUAGGUAUCUCUGUAUGUUUCACCAAGGAAAAGGCAUUAAUUGUUAAUGUUGAUGAAAAAUCAGUGGCUGCUGAAGAUAAUAAGAUUGAAAUUGGAGAUGUAUUAGAUGAGAUAAAUGGAAAUGUCAUCAAUGGCGAUAGUAAGGGAAAAUUACGUAAAAUUAUGAGGAAAGCUAAUGGACAACCAAUAAUUUUACAUAUCAUCAAGUAUCGUACUAAAAAAUCCUGUCAACUUUAUGAACCAAUAGUGCAUCUUAUCAAAAGCUCAGGUAUUGAGAGCAUGAAAUCUUUAAUACAAAUAUCACAAUUGGACCAAACAGAAAUCACUAAAAGAAAUCAGAUCUCUAAAUUAAAAAAUAAAACAUUAAAUAGUGGAUUUUCUGUGAAAUAUUGUGGCUCUGUACAUGUUGGUAUAGAGGGUGAUGUUAAACAAAUUGAAAAAGCCAUUUGGCGUUUAUUAAAAUCGGGAGAAAUAAAGCAAGUGCCUGUGAAAUUUGAGUGUUUAGAAAUUGGAAUUUUAGUAACUCAGGAGAUAGAUAAUCGAGUGGUAUGCAAACAAAGUUACAUGGAAAUUUCAUCAUGUGGAUGUACUGCCAACAUCCCAGAUUAUUUUGCAUUUAUCGCAGGAGAAACAAAUUGUAACAUGGCAACAAAAUUUGAUGCUUAUAUCUUUUAUCAUCGGAAUGAAACUGAAGUACAACAAAUAUUGCAGAGUUUGGGGCAAGGGUUUCAACGUACCCACUUUGCAGUAUAAUGUAUAUAUAAAUUUGUUCAACCAUGUAUAUAAAAAGAAAAAAGUAUACAUGUCUUUGUAUCUUAACAAAUAUUAUUUAUUAAUUUUGAAGUACUACAAAAUACACGAUACAUUUAUUUCCUUAUUAAUAAGUAUCAAAAUUAACAAAAGAAAUUUCUUUCCAAUACAGAAAAAUGUAAUUUAACUUGUAGUAUUAAAAAAUUUGAAACAAUUAUUCAAAGUAAUGGGAUAUUUUUUCGUGCUUUAAAAACAUUUGAUAUGGAAUUUCUACUUGGUGAACAAAUUAUAGCGCAACUCUGGCAAUUCAGCGUGAGUAAAAAUGAACUGCACAUGCGCAUACUUGGUAAAUAACCAAUCACGAUAGUGACCUUUUGUCUCGCUCACUCUCUCUGUCUCUUUUUCUAACCUAUUAUACACACAUUAUACAGGGCGAGACAUCUGACAUCGGAACAUACACUAUACUGGAUGACUCAUUUGAAAUAUACAAUUUCAGAUCAUUCACCUAGUAGAGUGUGUGUUUCAGGGUGUUUACGACAACUAAUCGGAUCUCUGAUCGGACUGAGCAGUGGUACUCAACGAUAGACUUCCUAAAUUUCCCUAGAUUAAUCCGGAUCAAUGAUGUGUCUCUGAAGUAAUCGAAUUAGAUUAACAGCCAUCGAAAGAAUUAGCGGUCGAGCUGAUUGGAAAAAUUGUGAAAAACAUUAUAAGAAAAUAUAGAAGGAAAGUCUAAAAGUAUAAUGGACCCACAAAAUGAAGAGAAUGAUAUUGAACAAACUCAAUUUG